AACCCCCCCCCCCGACGAUUAAAGACGGCUGGUUUAGAUUGGUUGGGGGGUUUCUUCGCAGUCGAAUAAUUCCUAACAUCUGAAGGGAUUUGAGAAAGAAGCAGCUUUCCCUUGCCCGCCGUGUAGAGGCAGAGCGGGGGCGAUAGGAUCUCUCCCCCUGCAAUCAGGUCGGUCAUAGGCAGCGGCUCUGCCAAUGUUCCGGGUGAGAGGAGGCCAUGCCUCCAAACCCUGCUAUUGGAGUGACACCACCAACGAUAGCUCCUCUAGUAUCUUUGGACAUCAGGCUCACUCCGCCUUCAUUGAUAAGGGGUUAGAGCAGUUUUGCAACGGUAUAAAGCAAAGAUCUGUGGUAUAAAGUACUGUCAGCCAAAGAUCCUAUAGGAUCUUUGCUGUCAGCUGCGAAGCACUGCGGCGCGGAUGUGAGGUCGGAGCUCAUCCGUGUGACACAAGCCACACUAGCUCGCCGUUACAUUCUGGUAAAUCCCGCUGCCUUUUUGCACGAUGUUGUUUCCUGCGUGAAAUACUGGAAUCUGUGGCGCAAAACGAACCGACCCCCCCACCCUAAAGUGUAGGUCGAGGUGUGUGGAGAUUGGGGCUGGAUGUGCUAUUUGCAAAUACAAAAAACCCGAGCUGAAUUUCUGGUGUACAUUGAACGUGUUUGGACUCCUCACCUCGAAUCUGCAUUGUUGAUGACUUCGAGUCUUUCAAAUCUGCAAACGUUUGUUAAUGCACCUGCAAGACUUGUGCAUUGUUGGUUUUAAAAAUAUCAUCACACGCUGGGGACGGUACUGAGCAUGAAGAGAGCACAGCAACCAUGAUUUACCGGGAGAAGGAUACGUGGAUUGAUUAUGCAUUGGAGCAUAGCAACCUUCCAGCAUGGAUCAAGCUGCACGACAAAUGUCUCUUGCCAUCUCCCUACAGCGUCCCAUCUUCAUACUGCUUAUGCUGGUGACAGUGUUUAUGCUGUAUAUAAGCUUUCCAAAUGUGAAGUUCAAUAUAAAUCUAAUUUCUGGAUCAGACUCCCACUGGAUCAGAUAUCCGACUCCAAAGGUUUAUUCCACAAUGCAGCUAGCUGGUCAGAAGACUGAUUGGAUGCACAAACUGGUACAAUUUGGCUAUCUGAAUCACAGUUUCAGCCCUGAGGAGAGAUCGGAGGGAACAAUGCUGAUGAAUAUGAUUGGGUGGCCAAGGCCUCCCAUUUCCAAGGUGCCCCUUUUGAAGAGCAGCGAUCCAUCGGGUGUUCACUUUGUUAUUUUAGAUUCCGGGAAGACUUUCUAUGUCGGCGAUCAAAUGCAAGUGAUGCUGCGUAUGUUUGAUUUUGAAGGAAAUCCGAAACAAUAUGGGGGCGAUUAUCUCCAAGCGCGGAUCCACACGCCAGAGUUAAAGGCCGGCUCAGCAGGAACGGUCAUAGAUAACCAAAAUGGAUUUUAUUAUAUAAAUUUUACUUUACUUUGGCCGGGGAAAGUCAAAGUGUCGGUUACCUUGGUUCAUCCCAGUGAAGGGGUCCAAGUGCUUCACAGACUACGGGAGGAGCGGCCAGAUAGAGUGAACUUUAAAAGUGCCUUCAAAUUCGGGUCUAUCUCGGAGACCACCAUGUGCAAUCUUUACUUGUCUCCCACAAAGCCACUCUGCAACUUUACAGAUCUCAGGACUGGGGAGCCCUGGUUCUGUUACAAACCAGAGAAACUUCCCUGCACUUCUCGUAUCAACCAUGCGAAAGGAGCAUAUGUGAAAGGCCUUUUAAAUGGAGAUGAGAUUAGUUUAUUCAGAAGGGGAUCCAACCUCAAGCAACCUAUGUUACCCAAUAGCUUAGGUUAUAUAACAGUAGAGCCUUCACCUCAUGCAGUUGGAGUUUCCAAAGAAUGUGUCCGAGGAAUGCCAUUGCUGUCACCAUCUGGCUAUUAUUACAAGGACCUGUGGAAUCCAAUUACCUGCAAUAUUCGUCGCUUUGAGACCUCAAAAAAAAUUACAGACUGUCUUCGUGGGAAAAAGAUUUAUUUAUUUGGAGACUCGACUAUACGUCAGUGGUUUGAAUAUUUGACAAUGUUUGUGCCAGGUCUCAGGAAAUUGGAUCUUGGCAACUUGGAGAAGAUUGGCCCUCACCUGGCAGUGGACACGGAAAACAACAUCAUUGUGAAAUACUGUCCCCAUGGCCCACCCAUCCGAUUCACCACCAUAUCGAGCCCGGACCUGCGCUACAUUGCAAAUGAGCUGGAUGGAAUUAAAGGAGGAAAAGACACCGUUGUAGGCAUCACCUUAUGGUCCCAUUUCAGUACCUUCCCCAUUGAAGUGUAUAUUCGAAGAUUGCAGAAUAUCCGGAGAUCCAUUUUGCAACUGCUGGGCAGGAAUUCGGAUACGGUGGUUGUGCUGAGGACUGCUAACCCCCAGGCCCUUCCAGGAGAAGUUAGUCUCUACAACAGCGACUGGUUCUCCUAUCAGCAUGACACCGUGAUGAGGAAAAUGUUCACGGGCAUCAACGUGGCAUUUGUGGAUGCAUGGGAAAUGACAGUAGCCCACUACCUGCCUCACGAGCUGCACCCCAAAACUGUUAUUAUAAAGAAUCAAAUGGAUGUGUUUCUUUCACAUGUCUGUCCUGCUAGAAAUAAAUAAUUUUUUGCACUUGGGUUAAGCCAAGAAGUCAUAUGAUCCCGCCACCAGUCACACUUUCUGCCUUCUGCAGAGACCGCUCUCUUUGUAACUCCCUGGUCUGCUCAUCCCCUCCCCUCCAUGUUCCCUUCAACUUCCAUGUUCCGUUUACUUUCCCUUCCAACCGUAAGGAGGUGUAAGAUCUGACCCUUGAAGUCCUCCCCCUCCCCAUCCAGGGACCUAAUAAGCCCUUCCAAGUGAGAUGGGUAUUCACCUGGAACUCAUCCAAUACACUACUACAUGUGCUGCUCAUGCUGUGGCUUUGUCUACAUCGGAGAACCCAAGCGUGGUCUAUUGUGACCAAUUCGUGGAGCAUCUGUCCCCUCUCCUUCUCCCUCUCCCUCUCCCUCUCCCGAUAUUUAAUCUCUUAUUUCCACUCUCACACUAUCCUGCCAGUCCUAGCACUUUAGAAGAAAAAUAUCUCCUGCCGCUUACAACCCAAUGGUAUAAACAUUAUAAUUUUCGGUAACCCACACUUCCUACAUAUGCUGACCCAUCCAUCUAGCUUUCUUAUCCCUUUUUCCACCUGUCCCCUGCUGUGUACGAUAAAUCAUCGGAUUCAGGCAACAGAGUUUGUAAUAACAAGGUGUUUUAUUACACUACCAAACAAGGCACAUACACUCACGUUUACGCGUACACAAUAAAGCUCUUCCCUGGGUGGUAACCUGGUGACGAUCUCCUGGCACCGUUUGUGACACGCUCCAGGGCCAGGGUUCUCUCCUCCUGAGAUAUGAUAUUAUAAAACCUUAUUUACCCCAGGAGGGAAGUUGAUCUGCCAACAGUCAUAAAACACAAGAAACAUGAAAUUAAAGUGACGAGUGGAUAGGAUUGGGGAGGGGUGGAGAGGGGAGUCAGCCUACCCCACGACAGAAGGGGGAGGAGUUGUAUAGUUUGAUAGCCUGACACGGUCCUUUUUGCGUUUCACGUCCAUUCAGACCGUGCAAGCAAACCCAGACAUUCCCAGACUUGUUUGGGAACAUCUUUGCAAACAUCUACUUGUUUUUGAAGGGUUUGGAAUGCUGUGCUGCUAAUUUAGCUGACAUUUUAGCGAACAUGGUCUAUUUGACCCUUGCAAUACAUCCCCAAUCUCCCACCCCCCAUCUAGUUCUAUCUACACAUCAUCUCCCAUCCGCACACCCUCAUUUGCUGCACCAUCACCAACCAGCCUGUGUAUCAUUCCUCUGUCAGACUGCUAUGUGCUGGCAAUCUUUCCUCUUCCCUUUCAAUCCUGAUGCAGGAUUUUGCCUGAAUCAGUGACUUCAUCUCAUUCUACUAGACCCGCUGAGUUCUUCCAUCUUUCUGUUUUUCUUUUGGCUCCUAAUUGCAGUACCUGCUGUCACAUUUUCCGUACAGAUUAUUUUUUAGAUUUUGAAUUAUCUGGUGAAUUAAUUAUAGCACAAUAAAUUAAAGGAAUCAUGAUAAAUUAAAUGGAUCAUAAUUUAAAGGAAAACUAGAUUUGGCAAUUUCUAAAUGCUGGGUAUAUUUUUUAAAUGAUAAUGUUCAACUGGCAUUAUUUAUUGUGAUUGCAGUCAAAUGCACUUUUGCAUGCUGGAGUGUACAAAUGCAUUUUUUAUUAAAACAAGUACUGUA